CGCCACCCAAUACGAGGAGAUCGAACGGGAAGCGUCAGUGACGACCGCAGCGCACGCACGCUGGUGGCACAGUCUUCCGGCUCCUGAUCAGGCGGGAGAAAUAGACAACCCCAUGCAGCACAGCUAUUAAGGACCCCCGCGUCAUUAGGCGUCGCCGAAAGGCCGAGAAAUGGAGCUGUUAGGGGGCUGCUACGAACAGGUGCUUUUCGGGUUCGCGAUACAGCCGGGCGAGAAAUGGUCAGCUGUUCCUGAUUUCACCCACCAUGCUCACACUGCUUCACUGUCCGCAGUAGCUGUGAAUGACAGAUAUGUAGUCACUGGCAGCAAGGAUGAAACCAUACAAAUCUACGACAUGAAAAAGAAAGUAGAACAUGGUGCACUGAUGCAACACGAUGGCACUGUAACCUGCUUGGAAUUCUAUGGAAGUUCACAUUUAUUGAGUGGAGCCGAGGACGGUUUAAUAUGCAUUUGGAACACAAAACGAUGGGAGUGCUUAAAGUCCAUUAAGGCACACAAGGGACAUGUGACAUCUUUUUCUAUUCAUCCUUCUGGGAAGUUAGCUUUGUCAGUAGGAACAGACAAGACGUUAAGAACAUGGAACCUUGUAGAAGGAAGAUCUGCAUUCAUAAAAAAUAUAAAACAAAAUGCGCAUCUUGUUAAAUGGUCACCCAGUGGCGAGGUAUACGUGGUAGUUAUAGCUAACAAAGUGGAUAUAUACAACCUUGAAACUGCUUCUAUUUCUGGCACCAUUGUUGCAGAAAAGAGAAUAUCUUCAGUAAAGUUUCUUACAGAUUCCAUACUUGCCAUUGCAGGAGAUGAAGAAUUUGUACGGUUAUUUGAUUGUGAAUCUCAAAAGUGCCUUUGUGAAUUUAAAGCUCAUGAAAAAAGAGUAAAAGAGAUCUACACUUUUGAAAUGGAAGGCUUACAUAUUCUGGUGACUGCAUCGAGCGAUGGAUACCUUAAGAUGUGGAGUCUUGAUCUUGAGAAGAUUAGUAAUUCCCCAUCAUUGCUGUGUGAAGUCAAUACUAAGGCCAGGCUUACAUGUUUAGCAGUUUGGCACAAAAGAGAUUCAGAAACCGAGAAGACCCCCAAUGAAGCCACAACAUCCUCUCAAGCACAUGAAGAGGAGCAACCAUUGAUAAAGAAAAAGAAAAUUGGUUGGGCUGAGUGUGAUAAGUCAUCAGAGGGUGAUGGCCAAGAAACCCUCAAGAAAGGAAAAUCUGCUGGUGUACAGCAAAAGAAGAAAAAGAUAAUGCAGAGAUUAAUGUGAAUAUGUCGCUACCAUUUGCAAUUCUAAUCCUAUAAUAAAUUGCCACCAACCAGAGUACACUUGAUUUCCAGCAUAAUUUUUCAUGGCAAUUUGAUCUGUUAAUAUUUAUAGAAAGGAACCAUUUUUAUUUAAGCUGUGAGCAUUUCCAGAUCCUAUGACCAAAUGUUUUUUACAGAGGAGGAAACAUUUUUUGUUUUUAAAUAAAUAUUUUAUAUAAAGCACCUGAAAAGUUCUAUUGUAGUGGUUGAAUUUGUAAGUUUUGGAAGAACAAGUACAGAAAUCUCCCUAGUAUGAAAAUACUUUUUACAUAGUUGCCAAGUACCCCGUUUUC